AAGGCCAACACGGGCGGCGCCACCGUCACCGGAUCCUUGCCUUCCAAUAGCGAUCUCUCUCUCUCUCUCUCUCUCUCUCCUCUUUUCAUUCCUCGUCCCCUCACUCUCUCUCUCUCUAAAAUUAAACCACUUUCUCUCUCUCCAAACUAUAUUUUUUCCCGAUAAGAUCCUUUUAUCUCCUUCUUUCUCCAUUCCUGCAUAUUCCCUCGGAAAUUCUUCCCAUUUUCCCCUUCAGCAUCAAAUCUCAAAAGCCCAAAAAGCAAGAGAGAGAAAAGAAAAGAAAAAGAAAACCAAACAGCAAUUAUUCACUUUUCCUCCCUUUACAGUACUCAAUCCUCCAAUCUCUCCCUCUUUCUAUAUUGCCAGCCCCCUCAAACUCUCCUCUCCCUCUCCCUCUCCCUCUCUCUCUCUCUCUCUCUCUCUCUCUCUCCACGCCUGGCCUCCUCAUCGCCUUACAGCGAUCUCACAAGACAGGCAUUGACGUAAUUGAAACGACUCACGAGCCACAGGAAUUAGGUGAUUCAAAGUGUUGUCGGAAGGAGUUGAACAGAAGAUCUCUGGAUAUCUAGCCACUUGGUGGAGUUUUGCAGAUAGUAGGAGUUCGAAAGGUGUUCUUGCCUUUCACGCAAUGUCUAGCUCGGCAAAAGCUUUGGAACCUGCGUUUCAGGGAGCUGGCCAGAGAUUAGGGACUGAAAUUUGGAGAAUCGAGAACUUCCAGCCAGUUCCUUUGCCAAAAUCUGAUUAUGGUAAAUUCUACUCGGGCGAUUCCUACAUUGUCUUACAGACAAGCCCUGGAAAAGGAGGCGCUUAUUUGUACGACAUACACUUCUGGCUUGGGAAAGAUACAAGCCAGGAUGAAUCUGGAACAGCAGCCAUUAAAACUGUUGAACUUGAUGCAAUUCUUGGUGGGCGUGCUGUACAGCACAGAGAACUCCAAGGUCAUGAGUCUGACAAGUUUCUAUCUUACUUCAAGCCAUGUAUUAUUCCAUUGGAGGGUGGCAUUGCAUCAGGGUUUAAGAAACCUGAGGAGGAAGAGUUUGAAACGCGGUUGUAUGUUUGUAAAGGGAAACGAGUUGUCAGAUUGAAGCAGGUCCCGUUUUCUCGUUCCUCACUGAAUCACGAUGAUGUGUUUAUCCUGGACACAAAAGAUAAGAUUUUUCAAUUCAAUGGUGCAAACUCCAAUAUCCAGGAGAGGGCCAAGGCAUUGGAAGUAAUUCAAUUUUUAAAGGACAAGUAUCACGAGGGGACAAGUGAUGUUGCAAUCGUUGAUGAUGGGAAGCUGGAUACUGAGUCUGAUUCUGGUGAAUUCUGGGUCAUCUUUGGUGGGUUUGCUCCAAUUAGCAAAAAGGUUGCUAGUGAAGAUGACGUUAUUCCAGAGAAGACUCCUCCUAAACUUUACAGUAUCACUGAUGGUCAGGUUAAGCCUGCAGAUGGUGAACUUUCCAAAUCUAUGUUGGAAAACAAUAAAUGCUAUCUAUUGGACUGUGGGGCUGAGGUAUUUGUUUGGGUUGGUCGGGUAACACAAGUGGAGGACAGGAAAGCUGCCACUCAAGCUGCUGAGGAAUUCAUCAAUAGUGACAAUAGGCCCAAGUCAACGCGUGUCACCCGGAUUAUUCAAGGUUAUGAGACACGUGCAUUCAAGUCCAACUUUGAUUCUUGGCCAUCAGGGGCAGUACCUUCGACCGGUGAGGAAGGAAGAGGAAAAGUAGCAGCUUUGCUGAAGCAACAAGGUGUUGGAGUCAAGGGAAUGACAAAAGGUGCUCCUGUUAAUGAGGAAGUCCCACCUUUGCUUGAGGGAGGUGGAAAAAUUGAGGUAUGGCGCAUUGAUGGCAGUGCAAAGACUCCAGUUCCCCUGGAGGACAUUGGAAAAUUUUACAGUGGAGAUUGUUACAUCGUUCUUUACACCUACCAUUCUGGUGAUAAGAAAGAAGAUUUCUACUUGUGUUGUUGGAUUGGGAAGGAUAGCAUUGAGGAGGAUCAGAAGAUGGCUGCUCGUUUAGCUACCAAUAUGUUCAAUUCACUAAAGGGGAGACCUGUACAGGGUUGCAUAUUUCAGGGGAAAGAGCCACCACAAUUUAUUGCCAUCUUUCAGCCUAUGGUGGUUCUUAAGGGUGGAAUGAGCUCUGGUUACAAAGCCUACAUCGCGGACAAAGGCUUAAACGAUGAAACUUACACUGCUGAUUGUGUUGCGCUCUUCCGGAUAUCUGGAACUUCUGUGCACAACAAUAAAACUGUGCAAAUUGAUGCUGUUGCAACAUCAUUGAACUCCAAUGAAUGUUUCCUUCUUCAAUCUGGCUCUUCAAUAUUCACUUGGCAUGGAAAUCAAAGCACCUUUGAGCAGCAGCAACUAGCUUCAAAAGUUGCAGAAUUUUUGAAGCCAGGAGUAGCUGUGAAAUUUGCUAAAGAAGGAACUGAGAACUCAUCCUUCUGGUUUGCUCUUGGAGGGAAACAAAGUUACACAAGCAAAAAAGUAACUCAUGAGAUAGUCAGAGAUCCCCACUUGUUCACAUUCUCUUUCGAUAAAGAAGGAAAGUUUGAGGUUGAAGAAGUUUACAACUUCUCUCAAGAUGACCUGUUGACUGAAGAUGUCUUGAUACUUGACACACAUGCUGAAGUGUUUGUUUGGGUUGGCCAGUCUGUGGAAUCCAAAGAGAAGCAAAGUGCUUUUGAAAUUGGCCAGAAAUACAUAGAUGUGGCUGCAUCUCUAGAGGGAUUGUCUCCAUACGUACCACUAUACAAAGUCAUGGAAGGAAAUGAACCAUGCUUCUUCACUUCGUACUUUUCAUGGGAUCCUGUAAAAGCUACUGCUCAUGGAAACUCAUUCCAGAAGAAGGCUAUGCUACUCCUUGGGGCUGGUCAUGCUGUGGAGAGCCCGGACAAGUCCAAUGGAUCAAGUCAGGGUGGACCAACUCAAAGAGCUUCAGCGUUAGCUGCCUUGUCUUCUGCGUUUAAUCCAUCUUCAGGCACCAAAAGUGGUGGUACUCCAAGAUCGUCAAGCACAAGUCAAGGAUCACAGAGAGCAGCUGCAGUAGCUGCUUUGUCGCAAGUUCUUACUGCCGAAAAGAAGCGCUCACCCGAAUCCUCUCCCGCUCGAUCCACGAGAAGUCCACCAUCUGAAGCUAGCCCUCCAGCUGGAGCAAAGAGUGAACAUGAACUUUCAGAAGUGGAGAAUUCUAAAGAAGAUUCCGAAGUGGACACAGUGGCAGAUGAGACUGUGCUGGAGAGCAAUGGGAAUGAUUCAGAAUCGAAGCAAGAGGCAGAGCAGGAUGAAAAUGGUAGUGAAACUAAUCGAAGUACAUUUAGUUAUGAACAGCUGAAGGCUCAUUCGGAAAACCCGGUUACCGGAAUUGAUUUCAAACGAAGAGAGGCUUAUCUGUCUGAUGAAGAAUUCCAGACUAUAUUCGGGGUGACGAAAGAAGCAUUUUAUAAAUUACCGAAAUGGAAGCAAGACAUGCAUAAGAAGAAAUUUGAUCUCUUCUAGAAAUUUGAGUUCGCCAAAAGUAAGUUAUAUCUCUGCCGUUGGAACUUCAUUUUCAGUGCCUCGUUUGUUAUGGCCUCUUUUCUUCUAGGCAAAGUGGUUGGAUGUUCCGUAUCUAGCAUUUUGAGUAUGUCCAUGCCAUAUGACGAUCUUAGGUUUUAGUGCCGGUAUUGAUUAUAUUGUGAUUCCCGCAUGAAGAGUGACGUUUUUUAUCCACCCUCUUUUGACUGCUGCUGCAUUGGUUCCGAUCAUAGUUUCAGGGACCGCAGGCUGGUGAAAUUCUUUGAUUUGGUUGGUGUUUGUGGUUUUCGGAGUCCAUUUUUCUUGUUUUUCAUUUAUUUGUCAAAAGGAAUGGUGUAUAUUUGUUGCAUUUGUAAUAGAUUCCAAUUAUUAGUUGAAAAGACAUGAAUUUUAUGUUGCUUGUAAGAUGGGGGUAAUGUACGCGUGUCCUAUGCUUCAGAGUUGUCCUAUGCUUCCAAUAUGAUUUAAUUAGAAUGGA